AUGUCGCGUGGGCCCAAGAGGGUUCGCGUCUUGGACGUCGUCUACAACGCCAGCAGCAACGAGCUUGUGCGCACGAAGACCCUCGUGAAGAUCGUGCAGACUGAUGCGCAACCCUUCAAGCAGUACUACCUCAAGAAGUUCGGGUUUGACCUCGGGAUGAAGAUUAAGGGUGCCCCUGUCAAGAAGGAGGGCGAGGAGGAGGGCAAGAGGAGCCACCACGUCAUGGCAAACCAGAAGCACCUGGUUUCCAGGCAGAAGCUGGACCCGGGCGUCGAGGAGCAGUUCCAGAGCGGCCGACUGCUCACGUGCAUCGCCUCCCGCCCAGGGCAGAGCGGGCGGUGCGACGGCUACGUCUUUGAGGGCAACGAGCUGACGACGACGGAGAAGGAGUGGGAUGAGAAGGGGAAGGAAGAGGACGAGGCUCAGGCCGACGCCUAUGUUGAACGGGAAGAGGAUAAUGACAAGGCAGAUGCCUGGGACGAGGUGGUGGAGGACGGCGGCCUUGGGCAGGGAGCCGCGGUCACGGCCGAGCGGGCCAGGGAGCUGGCCACCGAGGUCAUGCUGGGCCUCUCCCAGGAGCUAAAGGCCAUGCACAAGGGCGAGAUUACCAACGUCCUCACCGCGGUGGAGGACCUGCGCUCUCAGGUCACCGACAGCGGCAUCGCCGUGGAGCUCCAGGCGGCGACGAACACGGCCAUCGAGGAGCUCGGCGUGCGCGUGCAGACACUUGAGGGCCGGGCCUUCGCGGAGCAGCGCGCCGAGAGCCUCGAGGAGCUCGGCGUGCGCUUGAAGGCGCUCGAGGGCCAGGACUUCGCGGAGCGCGUCCACGGUCUCGAGGACGCCGCGGAGGCGAAGCCCGACAGCCGCGGCACCUCGGCCUGGCUCGCCGUGCCAGAGGCGCAGGGCGACUGUGCCGCGCCGCCAGGGCCGCGGGAGGACCCGUCGAUGGCGGACGUGUCCUUCGCCUGCUCCGUCGCCUCCACCGCCGCCCGCCGGGCGCCGGGCGCCUCCGGCGACGUCCCGCCGUCGCGGCCGCGGGAGGAACAGUCGAUGGCGGACAUGUCCUUCGCCUGCUCCGUCACCUCCGCCGCGAACGAGCUUCUGCCGCCUCCUCCGCGGGCGACGCUGUCCGCGUCGCAGAUCGCCGCCCUGGCGCCCGGGGCCUCGCGCAGCGCCAGCGCGUGCGCGGAGGCGGCGGACCAGCAGCCGGCGCUGCGCGAGAGGCUGCAGGGGUUGGUGGACAUGGUGAAGAGCGCGGCGCGCUAUCCGGAGGGAGGCGCGGCCGCGGGCGAGGCCCGCGGCAGCGCGCCAGAGCCGCGCCCCGCGGCCGCUGCCCCGGAGUUGCAGCCCGCGGCGUCAGCGGCCUGGUCCCCGAUGCAGUCCGGGAGGCAGUCGUCGUUCCUGGGCAGCUCGGGCCAGCUCAACGGGAGGUGGCUCGCCUUCGGCGCGCCUCGGCGGAAGGCCGGCGGAAGGCGGCUUCGCGGGUGGAACGCCAGCGGAAGCGAGAGUGAGAUGCCGUACAGGCUCGCGGAGGGCCUGCCGCGGCACGACCGGGGCGGCCCGCCGGCGGCGGCCCGUGCCGCACCGGGGGAGCAGACAAGGGCGCUCGCAGCCUUGCUGGCGCUCGCCGCGGGCCCGCGCCGGGGGCCCGCGGCCGCCGCGGCCGCCCCCGGCGGCCCCGCCUCGGCCCUCUCGGGCGCGGCGUGGCGGGGGGCGGCGGACUCACUGGGGUUGCUCGAGUUUUAUUUGUUUCGGGGGUUGCCCGAGGUUAUCUGCAGGUGCACUCUGUGUCUGAGGCACACGGAUGCCUCGUUCUGGCAAAUGGCUGACAAUCUGAGUGCCAAGCACCCAGUGAUGAGCAAAGGUGCUUUCGAAGACCUUGAGCAGCAGUACGGUUUAACGUAUGAUCCUGAUGGACUGCUCUGGGACGUACCUUUGCGCGCGCACUUCCGACCAGUCAGUGGCACGUACUGGGACUGGAUGCGUACCAUUGCAUCCAGCGGGGGGACGUCCCAGUACAAGAUCAACGAAUUUGUGCGCGCAGUCUGUAGCGCGGGCAUACGGCUCAGCAAGCUCCCCCAGCACAGCCGUUGCAUGCAAGUGCUAGGGCAGAUAGUCGACAUCGUCACGUCGGGGGACGUUGCCGUGCAGUUCGCGCCCGCACUGGCCAGACUAAUGCAAGAGCACCAUUGCCUCAUGAUUGAGCUGUACCCACUAGAGCAGCGUGGGGGCGGGCGCCAGAUAUUCAUCACAGGCAGGUCCAGCAAGAUACAUGAUGCCCACGCGCUGACCCUAGACUUCAUUGCCGCUAACGGCGCCGAGGGUGGCAGGCGCAACGCUCAGGAGCAGGCCGCCGCUGUUGUAGAGAGCGCCGCCCCGCGCACGUACCUUUGCGGCAGCUGCAACCUGACUUUCAAGGCCAGGGGCGAAGUCACUUGCUGCCAGAAGGACUGGGACGGCACCGAGAAGCAAUUCGUAUGCAAGGGGUGCAACUCGGUGAAGACGCGGCUGUUCAAGCUGAAGAAGAUGCAGCCAGCUGCGUUCGACGGGUGGAGCGACGUCAGCGCAGAGAAUCGGCAUAGCUUCAUGCAAGAAGCAAAAUCGUUGUACGGAUCUGACUUGGUGAAGAAGGUCACCCAGUCCCUCACGAUGUCGAAGACGCAGACGGUCUCAAACGAGUUCAAGGAGACGGGUGGGUUGCUGCCGAAGUCCGAGGCGGCGGAGCUUCCUCGCUUCAAGAACGAUCCGAUUGCGUGGGCUAACUUGCUCGCCAACGCAGAGAAGCUGGUCUGCCCCAUUACCAAAAUAGAGCGCAUAUACGUGCCCAACUACGAGAAGACCUCCACCAUGAAGGACGUGGAGGAGCGGUCGAAGAAGCGGGAUAUCGAGGCUGAGGAGUGCACCAAGGUCGCCAAGGCCAAAGCCAAGCUCAAGGCGGAGAAGGUGAUCACCAAGAAAAGUACACUCACGAAAGCGCUGGCCAAGAAACUCGACAACGCGCUACACUACUCCGAGGCCGCCUGCUUUGACAUGCAGGCGUUUCUGCUCACCGCGUCGUCCCCAGAGGCCGCUGCCUUCGCGACGCCAGCGAUCGUCGCGUCUGGCAAGCAGGCCUGCGAGGAUGCGGAGGCGCUGCGCAAGCAGCUCGACGCCACAGCCAAUGGGGAGACCGUCGACAAGGAUGAGGUGAUCCACGGCAUUCAGACACUUCAGGAUGGCGUCGAGAAGAUGAUCGACAUCCGCACGAAGAUCGAAGGUUGCCUGGAGUUCAUGCCCGAGCCCGCUGUGGAGGAGACGGUGCCCGAGACCGUUGAGGGGGGGCCAGCCAGGGCCGGCGACGGCGUGGUGACCCCGCAGGGCACGAAGCGCGAGCGUUCUCCAGGUGUCAGCUCGACUGAGGCGGCCGACGACGAGGACGCCCAGCGCCUCGCUGAGCCGACCCCCGUGCCCAAGAGCGGCGCCCUAAUGAAGAGGGCAGGGCUGCGCUCGACGGCUAAGGGCCGCCUGAGGCGGCCACUGCCCAGCCAGCUUGCCCCCGGAAUGCCGCCCAAGGGCAGCAAGAGGGUCUUUUCAACGAAGCAGUGCGAGACAAAGAAAGCCAAGUUGGCCCUCGAAUGGGAGGCAAUGAAAACAGCCGAAAAGGAAAAUGAGCACACGAGGGAGAUUUCAUGGGUCAUGACACAGAUGCUUGCCGACCGGGAGAACGUGGAGGUCGCGAGGAUGGCGAUCCAGGGGAGGUACAACCGCCUUAACGCCAAGGACAAGCCUGUCCAGGAACCACAGUGGUACCCUAAAGCUUACGUAUGCCUCCUCAAAGUUCCUCGGGACCGGUGUCUCGCGAAAACAAUCCCACUCAUGAGUGACCGCAUGACUGAGUCCGCAGUGACCCUCUUGAAAAAAGCAGAUAAGCGCAUUGAUCAGAAGCUGCUCUACUUUGCAACAGGGACGUCAAGGCAACAGAAAAUCUGGCACCACAAGAAGUCUGAGCUCGACAAUUCGUUCGAGAAGCGCCACGAUUUGUGCCAGAAGCCCCUGGCGCACCUCGCGUGGGACGCGACUGGCAAAAUCGACUGGCCGAGGGACGGUCUGUUCAGGUUACUACCCCGCAUGCCCGCGGAGCACGCCAAUCCGAAAACCUGGAUCUACAAGGAAAUUGCCUGCAUCUACUUCCCAGAGAAGGUGCAGAAGGCAUUUCACGGAUGGUCCAAAAAUUACCAGGUUGCCAUCCCGACUGCUUUUACCGUUACUGGCGAGUGGACCCUCGUUGACAACUACCAUUUUUUGGCCACCCUCACGAGCCCCAGCAACGUGAAACCCAAGAGCACCAUCGAGUGCAGCGACUUUUUCGGCGACGUGCAGGCCUACGCCGACAUCGUCGCGCCCAUUCCCGUUGUAAGCGACCAGGGCCGCCCUUCGGAUGAGGAUGAGGACGACGAGGGCGAGGCCGAAGUGGGGCCCGACGACUCGGCCUCGCAGGUGGGCUCUCCCUCGGCUUUGGCAUCACCGUCGAAGCUAGCGCUCUCGAGCAAGGACUUGAGUGCUGCCAUCGCGAAACUGCGCCACAAGGCCUGCGCGUGA